ACACGUAUGAGACGCCCCCCACCUGCACGAAGCCACCAUCCCGACAUUCGCCGCUCUUUCUCCACGCGCCGGUCGCCGCAGACGCAAGCCCGCCCGCCGCAGCUGACGCCGCGAUCUGCGAGGGUGCAAGCUAGCUCUGGCCCCGCUGCCGGUGCCGACUGAGAUGGACCCGCGCUUCACGCUGCCGGCCGCCAUUGGCGGCGGCGCCGGUCGGGUGCACCACCGGCGGGCCCACUCGGAGUCGUUCCUAUGCUUCUCCGACGCGGACCUGCUCCUCGACCCGGACGGAGACCUCUCCUUCUCCGACCUCGACUUCCCCUCCCUCUCCGACGACUCCCCGGCCGCCUCCGACCCAACCCCGCCCCCGCCGCUGCCGCAGCCGGCCCCGGCCCCCCGCCCGGCCGGCGGGGCCCACACGCGGAGCCUCUCCCUCGACGCCGCCUUCUUCGAGGGCCUCGCGUUUCAGGGACCCAGCGGGAGCGCCGGGGGUGGGCCCGGGCACAAGAGGAGCGGCUCCAUGGAUGGGGCCACCUCACCGUUUGAGGGCGAGUCGGCGCUCUCCAGCGGCCUGCCGGACUACGCCAAGAAGGCCAUGCCCGCAGAGAGGAUCGCCGAGCUCGCGCUCAUCGACCCCAAGCGCGCAAAGAGGAUUCUGGCGAACAGGCAGUCUGCAGCGAGGUCAAAGGAGAGGAAGGUCAAGUACACCAGUGAACUGGAGAAGAAGGUCCAGACUCUGCAGACGGAGGCCACUACGCUGUCAGCACAGCUCACCCUGCUCCAGAGGGAUACAACUGGUCUAACUGCUGAAAAUAGGGAGCUCAAGCUUCGGCUGCAGUCCAUGGAAGAGCAGGCUAAACUGCGCGACGCUUUGAACGAAACCCUGCGGGAAGAAGUGCAGCGACUUAAGAUAGCUGCAGGACAAGUCGGGAACAUGAACGGGAACCCCUUCAAUGGUGGACUCCAGCAGCAGAUUCCAUCCUACUUCGUGCAGCAGCAGCAGAUGUCGUACUUUGGUGGCCACCAGGCUCAGGCUCAGCAUCACAGUCAAAACCAUCAUCACCGGAGUCCAUCAAACGGGAGACAGUCGCCCAGUGAUCAGUCCCUAAACGACUCCAUGGAUUUCGUUUGAGGACAAUAUACCGGGGCAAGUAUUACAUCGUAUACCAACUGCAGUUCAGCACCGUAAAGAUAGCUAGUGUACAAUGCAUGCAUAUGCCUCAUUGGUAGUGUAGUUUAGUUCUUUGUAUCGUUAAUCUGGAAGUGGCUCCAGUAUGUCAAAAUGGUGUUUUAUUUUCUUCUUUCCUGGGUUGUGGAGUAAUGUGUUAGACAGAACUAGCCACCUUUAGCAAUUUAUGUAAAUCUUGUUAGCCUUUCUUUUCUCCAUGGUGGAAGGUUCUUGUUAUCUGUC